CCCCGUGUCUAGCAGAUGAAUUAAAGAUGUUUUUAAGUCUGCAGUGCAUAUAACAUAACAUAACCCAACGACAAGAAUACUUUUUGUAAAUAGAUACUUUUCAUGUUUGUUUGGAAAUUUGCCCUUUACGUUUUAUAGAGAUCUUAAACAUGGAUGGUCUGAACGUUCUAAUAGCUAUUGGUCUUAUUCACUGUUCAUUAUUCUUCUUUGAUACAUUUUUUAGGUCGUGCUCUCAUUACCCUUACUUAUAUUUUCUGAAGAAUACAGGCUUGGAGAUUCAAGUCCUGCGAGUAAAAUGGUUUACAACUGCUUUUAAUCGAACUAUAGUACGAUGGGGAAUGGAGCGAUCAAGAUUUUGGUCUGCUUGGUUUAAUGCUGGUGUAAUAAUAAGCAUUAUUCUUCUUCCUGUUGCUUUGUUUCUUGUGGUUAAAACAACAAUAGAUGCUUGGUUCAAUGGUUCAUCUGGAUCUGAAUCGGUUCAUGUAUUGGAACCAAUGCUACCUGGUGUAAAUUUACCACUUAAUGAAAUUGGUUAUUAUGCGAUUACAUUUGCUGUAUGUAGUAUUGUCCAUGAACUGGGACAUGCAUUGGCUGCUGCUAGAGAGGAUGUUCAACUAUUUGGAUUGGGCUUACAAGUAGCUUUCAUCAUCCCAUUUGCUUUUACAUAUAUUAGCUCAGAACAACUUGCUACUUUACCAGUACGUAACCAGCUAAGAGUUCUGUGUGCUGGAAUUUGGCACAACAUUGUAUUAGCUAUUGGAGCAGCUAUAACGUUGAUAUUGACUACGUUUCUGUGGUCCCCAUUAUUCACAGUUGGUCAAGGUGUUUCAGUAAAGGCUAUAUCACCUAAUUCGCCUCUUCUGGGACCAUCAGGUCUUCUACACCAAGACACGAUAUAUCAGCUAAAUCAUUGUUCUAUAGAGGAUGGAAAUGAUUGGUACAAUUGCAUUUUGGAAGCUAUUCGGCAACCGACACCUGGAUACUGUAUCGCGCAAUAUCUUAUUCAGGAACACGAUGAAACCGUUCCGGCAAGACAGACGUCCAACAGUGCCAUUAAUUGCUGCAGUGCUGAUAGUGAAGUUCGUGGGAGUUUGUGUUUCGAAUACAUAGAAGGACCACAAGCUGCACCAUUACAACUGCCACUCCAUUCUUGCCUCCCUGCACGUGUAAUAGUGGAAGGUUCACAACGAUUCUGUCAAAUGAAUUUCCAUUGUACACCACGUGACACGCAUUGCAUGAGGCCGUCUUUAGACAAUAUCACUAAAGUAGUACAGAUAAAAAGAAGAAACGGAAAGGAUGUACUAUUCUUUGGCUAUCCAGGAGAUAUUUCGCGAACGGUUGAUGUAUCCGAUUGGAUUCCAAAAUAUUCUUUCCUGAGUUCAGAACUACCGGAAUCUUUGGCAUUGCUAUGCAAGUAUAUAACUGUCUUCUCAGCUGGAUUGGCGAUUGUGAACGUCGUGCCCUGUUUUUAUUCCGAUGGACAGAAUAUUACGACCACUUUGACACAAUAUCUCUUGCGUUCAAGAGUACGUCACAAAAGUGUACGACACGCAAUCGCCCUAACGAUAACAUGUGCCGGUACUGUGCUACUCGGCGUGAGUCUUGUAUACGCGCUUGUAAAUAAAUUACUAUAGUUUACAA